UUUCUUCGCCGAGCAAGUAAUCAUUGCCGACAAAACCCCCCGGAAAUAUCGUAGAUUUCUUCGAUCGGCGAUUUCAAAAAUUUUAACUUUUAUUUUUUAGAGCUUUGAGCUCUUUCUUCGGAUCAUUUUCAAAAUGGGUCUGUGUUAUUCAGUAGAUAGGACUACUGGGAAGGAACCUGGGGAAACAAGCACCACCGCCACUACGGCGGAGACGGCGGACGAGAGAUUAGGCUCCGGAAGAUGGCGGCGGCCAAGAGAUUUAAAGGGCGGCGGCGAUAUCGAAGGGAUUCCACAGGUUUUGGGUCGUUUGGUUUCGAAUGGUUCAAGUAAGAUUGCAUGUCUUCACACACAGCAAGGCAAGAAAGGAACUAACCAAGACGCCAUGCUCGCCUUUGAGAACUUUUGUUCGAGGGACGAUACAGUGUUUUGUGGUGUAUUCGAUGGACAUGGACCAUUUGGUCAUAUGGUUGCUAAGAAUGUCCGAGAUACAUUGCCCUUCACACUCUCAACCCAGUUGAAAACGACCUCAGAGUCAGACCAAAACGGCUUAGUUGGUGCGAAUGAUUUUCAGAUCAAAUGUACAGAGGAAGAAGAAAUGCAGACAACUGAGUCUGAAGAAGUGCAGAAAACUGAGUCUGUUACUACUAUGGAUGAGCAAUGGUGUGAGUUAAAUCCAAAUGAGAACAAUGAUGAACUUCCGGAGAUGUAUCUGCCUCUGAAACAUGCGUUGCUCAAGUCUUGUCAGCAGAUAGAUAAAGAGCUGAAAAUGCAUCCAACUAUUGAUUGCUUCUGCAGUGGAACAACUUCAGUCUCGUUGAUCAAGCAGGGUGAGGAUUUGGUGGUUGGAAAUAUUGGUGACUCGAGAGCCGUUCUUGCCACGAGAGACGAAGACAAUGCUUUGCUCGCUGUACAAUUAACUGUGGACUUAAAACCGGAUUUGCCAGGUGAAUCAGCGAGAAUCCAGAAAUGUAAAGGAAGAGUCUUUGCAUUGCAAGACGAGCCUGAGGUAGCUCGUGUAUGGUUACCAAACAGUGAUUCACCUGGUUUAGCAAUGGCUCGAGCUUUUGGAGACUUUUGUCUCAAAGAUUACGGAUUAAUCUCUGUUCCAGAUGUAAACUACCGCCGCCUAACGGAACGAGACCAAUUCAUUAUUCUUGCUAGCGACGGGGUAUGGGAUGUGUUGUCGAACAAAGAAGCUGUUGAUAUUGUUGCUUCAGCUCCUAGUCGAAACACAGCGGCUCGAGCUCUAGUGGACACAGCAGUUCGAUCAUGGAGAAUCAAGUACCCAACUUCCAAGAACGAUGACUGUACUGUAGUUUGCCUCUUUCUACAAGAUUCAUCACUAGCCAUGGAAGUUUCAACCAAUGUAAUGAAGCAUUCACCCAAAGAAGAGUCCAUAGAGAGUGUCAGUAACAGUACAAGCAAGGAGGAGGAUGAGAUUGUCCCCGUUAAAGACGAGAAAAUCCCUGCAAGUUGCGGGAUUGAGUCGAAGAUGAUGACAAUGACACUUGCGGAAUGUAUCUCGGUUGCACAGGAUGAUGAAGAGUGGUCUGCUUUGGAAGGAUUGACAAGGGUUAACAGUCUAUUGAGCAUUCCAAGGAACAAUAUGGUGGCUUCCAACACUGUAACCGCUAUAUCGCGGUUGCUCUUGAUCUGUUUCGCUUACUCGUUCACUGUGUUCUCAAUAAUUUCAUCAGUGACUGACCCUCGUGAUGCGGCGGCUCUGCGUUCUUUGAUGGAUCAAUGGGACAAUACGCCACCUAGUUGGGGAGGUUCUGAUGAUCCUUGUGGAACUCCUUGGGAAGGUGUCUCCUGCAAUAACUCCAGAAUCACUGCUUUGGGUUUGUCAACAAUGGGUCUCAAAGGAAGGCUUAGUGGAGAUAUUGGAGAACUAGCUGAACUAAGAUCCUUGGAUCUUUCGUUUAAUCGAGGACUCACAGGUUCUCUUACUUCCCGGUUAGGAGACCUGCAAAAGCUCAAUAUCCUUAUUCUUGCUGGCUGUGGCUUCACUGGUAGCAUCCCAAAUGAGCUUGGCUAUCUCAAAGAUCUAUCUUUCUUGGCCUUGAACUCGAAUAAUUUCACUGGCUCAAGUCCUGGUCUUGAUCUUCUUUUAAAAGCCAAACACUUUCAUUUCAACAAGAAUCAGCUCUCAGGCACCAUUCCACCAAAACUUUUCAGCUCUGAGAUGAUACUGAUCCAUGUAUUAUUCGAUGGAAAUCGAUUCACAGGGAGCAUACCUUCCACUUUAGGACUUGUUCAGACACUAGAGGUUCUUCGGCUUGACAGAAACACUUUGACCGGAAAAGUUCCAGAGAAUCUCAGUAAUCUCACAAACAUCAUUGAACUGAACUUAGCUCACAACAAGCUUGUAGGUUCAUUACCAGAUUUGUCAGACAUGAAGUCAAUGAACUACGUGGAUCUCAGCAAUAACUCAUUUGAUCCAUCAGAGUCUCCUCUGUGGUUCUCAACCUUACCUUCACUGACCACACUGGUGAUGGAAUAUGGAGCUCUUAGAGGACCACUGCCUAAUAAGAUCUUUGGAUUCCCACAGCUUCAACAAGUGAAACUAAAAAAGAACGCAUUCAAUGGAACACUGAGCUUGGGAGAUACAGUAGGUCCACAACUCCAACUUGUUGAUCUACAAGACAACGACAUUUCCUCUGUAACACUAAGCUCUGGAUAUACCAAUACAUUAAUCCUCGUCGGAAACCCUGUAUGUACAACAGCUCUCUCAAACACAAACUACUGUCAGAUUCAGCAGCAACAAGUCAAACGAAUAUACUCGACCAGUCUUGCUAACUGUGGCGGAAAGUCUUGUCCAUUAGACCAAAAGAUCAGCCCUCAGAGCUGUGAAUGCGCCUACCCUUAUGAAGGCACACUCUACUUUCGAGGGCCUAUGUUCAGAGACCUGUCCAAUGUGAACACAUACCAUUCACUGGAGAUGAGCUUGUGGGUGAAACUAGGACUCACUCCAGGCUCGGUCUCUCUACAAAACCCUUUCUUCAACAAUGAUGAUUAUCUUCAGAUACAGUUGGCACUUUUCCCACCUAUGGGCAAGUAUUUUAACAGAACUGAAGUUCAGAGAAUUGGAUUUGACUUGAGUAACCAAACAUACAAACCUCCUCCCUUGUUUGGACCUUACUACUUCAUUGCAUCUCCCUACACUUUCCCAGCUGAAGGUAACGGACAUUCCUUGAGCUCUCGUAUGGUCACUGGGAUAAUAACUGGUUGCAGCGCUUUGGUCCUGUGCCUUGUUGCACUAGGAAUAUAUGCGAUUUGGCAGAAGAGACGAGCAGAGCAAGCUAUCGGUUUGAGUAGACCAUUUGUUUCAUGGGCAUCGAGUGGAAAAGACAGCGGAGGCGCGCCGCAGCUGAAAGGGGCACGAUGGUUCUCCUACGAAGAACUCAAGAAGAUCACGAACAAUUUCUCUGUGAGCAGUGAGCUGGGUUAUGGAGGUUAUGGAAAGGUGUAUAAAGGAAUGCUUCAAGAUGGGCACAUGGUUGCGAUCAAAAGAGCACAACAAGGAUCAACACAAGGAGGGCUCGAGUUCAAAACAGAAAUUGAGUUGCUUUCUCGAGUUCAUCACAAGAACCUAGUUGGACUUGUCGGGUUUUGCUUCGAGCAAGGCGAGCAGAUUCUAGUCUACGAGUAUAUGUCCAACGGAUCACUAAAAGAUAGCUUAACCGGGCGAUCCGGAAUUACGCUGGAUUGGAAAAGAAGGCUGAAAGUGGCUCUAGGAUCGGCAAGAGGACUCGCAUACCUCCAUGAACUUGCAGAUCCUCCGAUCAUCCACAGGGACGUGAAAUCAACCAACAUUCUUUUGGAUGAGAAUCUCACAGCCAAGGUUGCUGAUUUUGGUUUGUCGAAGCUGGUUUCAGACUGCACCAAAGGCCAUGUUUCAACACAAGUCAAAGGCACAUUGGGAUAUUUGGACCCAGAGUACUACACAACACAGAAAUUGACAGAGAAGAGUGAUGUGUACAGCUUCGGUGUUGUAAUGAUGGAGCUGAUCACCGCGAAACAGCCGAUAGAGAAAGGCAAGUACAUUGUUAGAGAGAUCAAGCUUGUAAUGAACAAGAGCGACGAUGAAUUCUACGGACUGAGAGAAAAGAUGGAUCGCUCGUUAAGAGACGCCGGAGCUCUGCCAGAACUCGGCCGGUAUAUGGAACUAGCCCUGAAAUGCGUAGAUGAGACGGCGUCUGAGAGGCCAACGAUGAGCGAAGUGGUUAAAGAGAUUGAGAUUAUCAUCCAGAAUAGUGGGACGAGUACUAGCUCCUCUGCAUCUGCGUCAUCUUCGGCUACAGAUUUUGGAGAGAAGCUUUUGUACGGAGGUAGUUUGAGGAAGAAAGAAGCAAUAGACGGAGCGUUUGAUUAUAGUGGUGGCUACUCUGUUCCGACCAAAAUUGAGCCCAAGUAAUAAUUUCAUAAUUAUGAACAUUUACUCUGAGAUUAUUUGUGGUUACUUUUUGCAUGAAUGAAAAGUCAAGGUAUAA